CGGCGGAGAGAGAGAGAUAAACUGGAUUAAACGCUGCGUGUAGCAGCAGCAGCAGGAGGAGGCAUAGGAGGAGGAGGACGACAGACAAACAGGCUGCAACUCGUGUUGCUUGCAAACUGUAUCCUGUGGGGGAAAAAAAAAACCCCAAAAACAUCAAGGAUAAAGCCCCGUGAACGCUGCUGUUGUAUUUGAACCAAAUAAAGUUUGAUUGGUUUGACCUCCGUCCGCCAGAGUCGGUGAAACAGGCAGCAGAGACCCUGCACCACAUCUGCUGACCAUCAUGGCAGGUGAUAUGAUGUUACUGAUGCGAGGCUUGGCUAAGCUGAGUCAGGCGGUUGUAGAGACUCAGGCCGCUGCCCUGCGCAAUGGGACAGGAGUCCCAGGAGUUGGUGCUGCUGUCCAGAGCGUCCAGUCGGCUGCAGAGCAAGGCCUCUCUGCUGCCAUGACAACGAUACAGGAGCUGUCUGGCCAGCAGCAAACCCCCUCUUCAGAGUCAGAAUUUGACUUUCCUCAGGAUGACAGUGCGUUCGCAGCCUCAGAGUUCAGGGAGGAAGGUGUGGACUUCACAGUGGAUCACUCAGGAAGUAGCGCUGACACAGCAGCCCGUCAUAGCAUGGCAGCAGGGGCGGGCCAUGUCAGUGGGAAACACUCUCUGUUUGAGGGAUACAAAGAUCCCAGCAAACAGUUUACUGGAGACACCAGGUCUUACCACCAAGAUGCCAGACAUUUCAUUGGACACCACCGUCUCUACAACCACAGUCUGAACAGGCACGUGUUGGGACAGCUAUACCGUCAGCAUCAGGUCACGCACAUCAGGAGCUACCAUCAGGAUCCAUCCACAGUUGGAGGUCUGACGGCCGAAGACAUCGAGAAAGCAAGACAGAGCAAGAGGACUGAGAGUAAACCUCACAAACAGAUGCUGAGUGACAGAGCCAGAGAAAGGAAAGUGCCUGUGACUCGGCUUGGCAGACUGGCCAACUUUGGAGGUCUCGCUGUGGGGUUGGGUAUUGGAGCUUUGGCAGAAGUUGCCAAGAAAACUAUCAGACACAGUGGUGCUGCAGGUGAAAAUAAGAAAGCAGUCCUGGACUCCAGCCCCUUCCUGUCCGAGGCUAACGCUGAACGCAUCGUCAGAACCCUCUGCAAAGUCAGAGGAGCUGCAUUAAAACUGGGACAGAUGCUCAGCAUUCAAGACGAUGCGUUCAUCAACCCGCAGCUUGCCAAGAUCUUUGAGCGUGUACGACAGAGUGCUGACUUCAUGCCAAUCAAACAAAUGACAAAAGCUUUGAACAGUGACUUAGGUCCUAACUGGAGAGACAAGCUGGAAUCGUUUGAGGAGCGUCCGUUUGCAGCAGCGUCCAUUGGCCAGGUUCACUUGGCGAGGAUGAAGGAUGGCAGAGAGGUGGCCAUGAAAAUACAGUACCCCGGUGUGGCUCAGAGUAUCAACAGUGACGUCAACAAUCUGAUGACGGUGCUGAAUAUGAGCAAUGCCCUGCCUGAAGGUCUGUUUCCAGAGCAUCUGAUAGAUGUAAUGAGAAGAGAGCUAGCACUGGAGUGCGACUAUAUUAGAGAAGCCCAGUGUGCAAAGAAAUUCAGGGAGCUACUGAAGGACCAUCCAUUCUUUUAUGUACCAGAAGUGAUAGAGGAUCUGAGCAGCAGACAUGUCCUGACCACAGAGCUUGUCUCCGGGUUUCCCCUGGACCAGGCUGAGAGCCUCACGCAGGAGCUGAAGAACGAGAUCUGUCAGAACAUCUUGAUGUUGUGCCUCAGAGAGCUGUUUGAGUUCAGAUACAUGCAGACCGACCCAAACUGGUCCAACUUCUUCUAUGAUCCACAGACACACAAGGUGGCGCUGUUAGACUUUGGAGCCACGAGAGGAUUUGAUCAGAGUUUCACAGAUGUCUACAUAGAGGUAAUUCGUUCAGCUGCUGAAGGAAACAGUGAGGGAGUUCUGAAGAAAUCUAUCGAGAUGAAGUUCCUAACUGGGUACGAGUCCAAGGCAAUGGUAAAUGCUCACGUGGACGCGGUGAUGAUCCUCGGCGAGGCCUUUGCCUCCACGGAGCCUUUCGACUUUGGUUCUCAGUCCACCACGGAGAGAAUCCACAACCUCAUCCCUGUGAUGCUGAAGCACCGUCUCACCCCUCCUCCGGAGGAAACGUACUCAUUGCACCGCAAGAUGGGCGGCUCGUUCCUUAUCUGCUCCCGACUCCAAGCAAAGCUGCAGUGUAAGGAGAUGUUCCAAACGGCGUAUCAGAAGUACUGGGAAGGCCGCACGCCGCCCUCUGAAUCAGCCUAGGCCAGUCUCAAGUGUGGGUUGUGUUGAUAGACAGGUCCUGGGGCCAACGGGAGAGUGCCCGUCGAUGGUGAGGUCGGGGUCAGAUGAUGCAGAUCUGCUGAGUGGAGGCCAUGUUACCCGCCCUUAACUGGUCACUGAACACCAGCUUAUCUUUCCCAUUUUGAGCAGCCUGCUACAAUGAGGUUUUGAAAGGCACUUAUCCAUAUUUACAGCCACCAUUUCGGAAGGGGAAAGAGAGCAGCAACAUGGCAUCCAGAGUGCUUUAAGGCCAAACUCUUACCUAUAUAUGGCCCUGAGAGGACAGACUGAAAAGAGGUGGGAGGUGGAUGGAGGGAGAGAGCCGAACAGCCUUUGUUUAGGUGGAAAAUGAAUGUAAAAAGGUUGGAAUUUCCUGUCUUCCCUCAUGUUUUCAUGUUUUUUUUUUGUUUUUUUUUUUGUUUUGUUUUGUAUUGCUGUGUUAUGUUGAUCUUUUUGGAAAAUCACACCAGGCGACCCAAGUGUUUGCCAUCUGCCAGAAAUGUCAAAGGGUGGUGACAUUGAUUAUAUUAAGGUAAAGGACUGAACUUGUAUUGUAAUGUCACAGCCACGAUACAGUAGGGCUAAUACAGUAAAUGGAAAAUUACAGUGUUGACCAGGACCAACUUGUCUGGCUCACAAAUAUUUCUGCUUCUGUUCAUUUUUUUUCAAGGCAGUUUGGUUAGAUUUCCUGGACAUGAAUAAUUUAGACUUGGUCUAAAUUUAGACAACAAAGUAAAUGCUGCAGUUUUGUUACAAACAGUGUCGAAGAGUAGAAUAGUGUAGAAAGAGAUUCAGUGCUCAGAUUAAGAUGUUGCCAAGCGAUCAAGUUUAGGUUUAUUUAGCCAUUUGUAGAAGAUGUGACAAACUGGAAUUUGUCAGCAUUUGCACACGAAGGAGGUGUGACUUUUAACUCACUUAUAGUAUAUGUAGUACACAGCAUCUUCUGUACCGAUGUAGCCAUCGACAGUCCUGAAUGAAGCUUUUGAUCUAAUUUCAGUUGCUGUUUAUACCUUAUAGCUUCUUUUGGGAGGGGGGCAUUUGUGUGUGUACAAUUGAUUGAAACUGUUAGACAUCCAGGACCUGCAUGUUUUAAUGAACUUCUGGUCAAGGCAUGAUUUUCUGUUUUGGAAUGAGAGUCUGCAGAGCUCCUGCUAGAGAUUUUUCUCCUUUCUGUCCUGCCGAGUUCUCUAAUAAUUGAUGUCCAUAUGGUUCAAAUUUAUUGCAUGAAUUCCAGUUCAUUACUAACAAAACUGUUAGCAUUGUGACUCACAAAUUUAAUUCUGUCCUACCUAAUUCAGAUUCACUUCUGGGGAGACUGUAAAACUCACAUAGAAAUGAACCUACGUGGAUCCAUGUUGCUCUCUCUAAGAAGAUAAGGCCCAUAUCAACUCUGGGCCUGUGCUCAGUCAUGAAUAAUAAUGAAAAGGGAUGGAAGACGUUCAUCCUGAUAUCGCACAAGCUCAGCUCAUGGGCUCACCUUGCUUCCAAGUCGCCUUCUCAGGUGCGAAAUCCUCCGUCACCUGGCUGGUAUGCGACUGUGAAAGUUCUCUCUACUCUGCUGUGUGAAAACAGUUAUAAUGGUCUCUGGUGUGAAGAAAAUUGAAAAAAAAAUUAAACAAAACAAGAAAAUAAAUAAAUAAAUAAGGUGCCUGUAGUUUCCAGUGGAAGAUUUUUAACUAGAAAUCUCUGCUUUAUAUUUCAUAUCAAGACUCAGUGAAAAGAUGGUUUAAAUUUUCUAAUCAUUCUAAAAGUUGUGAUAAAGAUAUUCCACGAAAAGAGUAAAUGUUUGAUCUACUCUCU